AUGGCUGCUCGCGAGAAAAGAUCAGCUGAUGCUGAGUCCGUCCCGGUCACCGUUGCGGAUGGCAUCCACACUCAUGGCGUCUUGAACCAACAUCCAAAACUGUCUUCGACGAGCGGAACUGAUUCGUCCGCCAAGAGCGCCAGCAAUGGAUCGAGCUCCGACCUCGCCUUCCGAGUUGGCAUCUCGGAAGAUUCGAAUAAGAAAUGGCGACGAGCGAUGGAAGACGCACACGCUUUCAUCUACGAUUUUGGUGAUGUUCACGGGCAAGGCUUCUUCGGCAUCUUUGACGGGCACGCAGGCAAAGACGCUGCCGAAUGGUGCGGCCAAAACUUCCAUCAGUACCUUCUCAAGACGCUCGAUAAGAAUGAAGGCAAACCCGUCCCAGACAUUCUCAACAUCACAUUUCACAGUGUCGACAGGGAGCUUGCGAACCUCGCAAGUCAGAAAGGCUCCUCCAGCGGGUGCACCGCAGCGGUAGCAUUCCUGCGACUGGAGGACGAUUCGGGGCAAGCCCUGAAGCCCGGCGAGGAGGACAGGGAAGGAUCGACUAAGGACGCAGACGGAGUAGCGACAGCUGGAGAGCAAUCAACCGAGCGCGGCUCUGGCGAUGGCAUCUGGGGCAAGCUAUCAAAACGCUUCGACUCGUCUGACUCCAAGAGCAAGGGCAAGCAGUCGUCAUCCCCCAGAAGGGUCCUUUACACAGCCAACGUCGGAGAUGCAAGAGCGGUGCUUUGUCGCGGAGGCAAGGCCGUGCGACUCACGUACGACCACAAAGGCUCCGAUGCACAGGAGGCGAAGCGAAUCACGGACGCUGGCGGCUUCGUCAUGAACGCCCGAGUUAACGGCGUGCUUGCAGUCACACGAUCGCUCGGCGACUCGGCGAUGAAGGAAUUUGUGGUCGGCUCGCCAUACACCACCGAGACUGUACUCAGCAGCGAAGACAGCUUCCUCAUCAUCGCCUGCGACGGACUCUGGGACGUGAUCGAGGACCAAGAAGCCGUCAAUCUGAUCCGCGACGAGCAAGACCCACAAGCUGCCUCGCAGAAACUACUGGAGCACGCGCUCAACGAGUUCAGCACGGACAACACUUCUGUCAUGGUAGUCCGCUUCUCAUCAUCGUGA